CGUAGGCUCCCUCCUUUGAACCUGAUGAUUGGUGGGUGCACAAAACCACUUUCAGAUGAGGAUCCAGUGGUGAGAACCAAGCCAGAUGUAGAAGAAGACCAAAAGGUCACGGGGUUUGGAGCCUAUCCCAGCUGACAUUGGGUGAUGGAGGGGAACAACCUGGAUAAGUCGCAAGUUCAUCACAAUCGCCAGUUCAUUACAUUGGUUGCGCCAUUGGCCGGAAAUGUAGCUGUUUAUUUUCAGCCAACUGAGUCCCGGUCGGAAGUCCCGCCUUUCCGCGUCCCCGCGUUGUUUUGGGAACGUUCGUUCGGUGUCCCGGCGAGCGCGCGCCUGCCUGCCUGUAGCUGCCCGUCAUCGCUCGUGCUGACAUCACGCGGAGGAUUUGCUACAAUGUCAAACCCUCAGCAGCAGCAGCAGCGCGAGCUCAUGGCUUCCCCGCGCCACGAUGAGAAGCACCGCCGCGUCCUGCUGCUCGUCCCCUGAACGCACCACCCUGCACACUCUUCAUGGCUUCAUCCCACGUCCGCGGACAGGAUGCGUUUGAGGUCAACGUGAGCGCGUGAGCCAGGUCAGAGGUCAUGCUGCGGAGGGAAUCUGACUCCCACGGCCUCUUUUCCUCCGGAGAGACAUCUGACAAUGACUGUGAGAUGGGGGCGAGCUGCGGCGAGGUGGAUGUAGCGUGUCUGUGCGAGGCCGGUCCCUGUACACUUUAUUCAGAAGCACACACGCCUACGCCGGACACGCUCCUGUGUGAACACUGUGGUAAAAACAGAGUAAUGAUAACCAGGUACUCCGAGGGAUACGGCACAGAGGAGGAGUGCGUUCUGUCCGACCCUCAGGGGGAGAGCGAUGCAGAUGCUGAUAUAGAGGACACAGACUGCAGACUCCAGGAGCCGGGUUCUCUCCAGCGAAUCAGCUCGCGGCGGCGCAAGCGACCGCGGGUGGCUCGGCAGGACACCACCGAGAGCGAAGACGAUGGCGGGCGGAGCCACAGGUCGCACCGCUGGAACCUCAGGCUCAGUCCUGACAGGGCGCACAGCAGGACCAUACUGGAGGAGAGCAUAUCACAGGUCCGGCCACUGGUCAUCUGCCGGCCAAACGUCGAGGGGCAGAAGAGUCCGGCGGAGGUUCCCCGAGGCUCCAGGUGUCUCACGUCCCUGUGGCCGUCCUCCGUCCCCCUCCCUCUCAUCCUCCUCCUCCUGCUGCCCCUCUCCCUCUCCCUCGUCAUCGUCAUCGUGUCUUUCUUUCUCCCGUGGGCCAGAGCUUGACCCGGCGUUUACCUUUUUUUUUGUUUCUUUUUUUCCCCAAGAGGACAGUUUCAUUCCAAAACUCCUACAUUGUAGUGGAUAGCACAAAGCAGCGGCAAAAAUAUGUUGUUUUACGCAAACAUAGUGGACUAGCUUAAAGGGACAGUUCACCAAAGAAUCAGAAAUGCGCAGCUUUCUUCUGACCUGCAGGGCUAUCCAUGUAUCUAGAUGGUUUUGAUGCGAGUUGCUGAGUUUUGGAGAUGUCUCUUGACCUGGUGACUCAAGAUCAAACACUGACUUUUGUUUUGAGCAGUUCCAUGAACGGAGAACAAUCCACAGUAGCUGGAUGAUCAGAACGACAGUUAAAAGGAAACAUAAUGGAUUUUUUUUGUUUUUUGGUGAACUGUCCCUUUAAAAGAUUUCCCUCUGUAUUUUAGAGUUACGUUGUGUUUUCUCCUUCCGGAAUAUACUGAAACACAUCAUGGACAGAUUACAAACAGCUUGACUUUUUAGGGGGCCGCUAUCCUUUUUUAGGGGUUUGAUGAGAACCAUCAGAGGCUCACGUUCCAGCCUCCCUGACCAUUUUACAUCCAGAACCCUGCUCGAGCUGUAAAACAACAUCGACUCAGAGCUUUUUGCCUCAUAAAAUCUCACCUUCCGUCUCACUUUUCUCACCCCCUCGUUGGUAUAAAUAGACCUCUCGUCUUGCUCCUUAUUCUAACGAGCCACAGGAGUGAUACGUGGGGGGGUGGGUGGUGUUGGUGGGGGGGGGGUUUCAGGGCUGCGCAGGUAACACUCAGAAAGGAAAAAAUAGCAGGCUCGAUAGGAAAAUGUGGAAAGAAAUAAAAAAAAAAAAAAAGAAAAAAAGAUGAAGCUGCUAAACUAUGCAAUUCUCCCAUUUCCUACCGCGGCAUCUUGACUUGCUGUGUCCUAUUUCCUCGGCACUGUCGUCACCUUUCUUGGCCCUCGCCCUUUAUCUCUUGAAUGAAAACACUUUUACGAAUGCAGGGACUUCUAAAAUAGAGCAUGAUCUAAUUUUAAAAGCAAUAGCAGGGAGAGAUCAGAUACAGCCGCCCGUCGUGUAUAAUCCACAGCACAUCUGUUGGUUUAAUAAAGUCGGGUUACAUGUAUUACUUUACUCGCUGCAGAUUGAUUUAGAAACAGGUGGAUCCUUCUUCUUCUUUCUUUUUUUUUUUCUUUCCUGGCUUCACUCGUGUAUGUUUUUUAGUGAAAAAUAAGCCGACCUCAAGAUAGUAGGAGCUUUAGUGAAACUUAAUUAUCUUAAAGCAAUUUAGACAUUACUGUCAUGUUUAAUAAUAUUUAAGUUGUUUUCUAUUUAUGAAUUAUUAUUUAAGAAAAAAAAAGUAAGCUAGACAAUCAGUCACGCUACUUGUUCCAAUGGGGAGUAACUGGACAAAGCCAUUGUGUUGUGGCUCUUCUGUACUAUGUGUUUGAUGUUAUGCUGUUUUUGUAUGUUUUUAAAGUUUUUUUUUUUUUUUUCGCAUCACACCGAAGUUUGCUUGCAUCCUUGUAGAGAAAUGUUUUUCUGAUUUCAAAUUUUAGGUUGUACUGUAUGAUAUGGCACCAUGUUGCUGCCAAGGCAGGAAAAAGAAAAACGGAUCGACGUCACUUUAUAACGUGAACGUUUUAUUGUUAUAUUGUUUAUUCGACAAUUGUUAUAGCAACAUUUCAGAUUAUAAUAUAAGAAAAAAAAAACUUUAUAAUGAAUAACUUUAUAACAAUAUAUUUAUCAAAAAAUAUAUUUGUCUUUGCUUCUAUAACGUCAAAAUAUGUUUUUAUAACAUUACAUUAUCUUCAAAUAUUUAACUUUAUAACAAGAUGAAUAGUACAUCAUUAUAACAAUUACUGAUCUUGUUAUCAUAUGAUAUAACAUCAAAUUAUUGUUUAUAACAUGGCAGUAUCAUGGUAUAAUGUGAAAUGUUUCAAGUUAUCACCUUUUAACCUGAAAUAGUUUUAUUGUUAUGGCAAGAUGAAUAGCAUAUUGUUAUAACAAGUCUAUACCAUGUUAUAUAACAAGUUAUAAUGUUAAAAUAUGAGGCGUUUUAGGUUAUAAAAAAAAGUUAUAACAUAAAGUGUUUCAUGUUAUAACAAGGUAUAGAGUAUAUGUUAUAACUACAACUCUUUAUGUUGUUAUAACAUAAAACAUUUCUUAGUAUAAUGUGACAACUUAUAUUAGUAUAACAUGACAAUAUCUUUUUAUAUCAUGAAAUGUUUUAUGUCAUCACGAUGUAACAUGAAACAUUCAAUGAUACAACAAGAUGAAUAGUGUAUUGUUGAAACAGUAUACUAUUCACAAUUCAUGUUAUAACUUAAUUAUAACAAAAACACUUCAAGUUGCAACAUAACUUACAUUGUGCUACAAUUUAUGUAUUAGCACAACAAACAAUAAACAAUAAAUUUUGUUUUCAUCUUU